AUGAAUAAACAUGCAGUUAUAGAUGAUGAAACAAUAGCAAGUAAUGUUUCUGAUACAAUUAAUAGACUACGAGAUAGUCAAUCAGCUGGAUUAAUGGGGAAAAGACUUCGAUAUUUUCGUGAGAAACCAGUUGUUCCAAUACGUCGUGAUGGUUCAAGUCAUUAUCAACAUUUGCGUUGUUAUGCGAUUGAUGAUAAUCCACCAUCAACAACAACUAAUACAGUACAUUUUGCUAAUUCAAUUAAAUCAUGA